AUGUCUGCCGAAACUCAGCGAAUUCAAGCUCGGUUUCGCUACAGGGGUCACAGAUACAACUGUGACUUCCGCCCCGGCGACAACAGCGUCGCCUUGCUUGCUCGCCUGAACGCAAUCAGAGAUUUUCUUCGCGUCCAACCUGAAAUCCAGAAUGAGGUCUUCUCCGUACCCGACUUUGAGUUUGUCUGGCAUGCAGCUUCAAUUUCCGUCAGAGAUUAUCCCACCUCAAAUGGUGUGAUUAAUAUAGAGAGUCAAAGGAUCAAGGCACCUGCUUUUCCUGCCGGGAACUUUCGAUGGCACCGCUCCAACAUUCCACGCUACCAGUACUUCGCUGAAGUGUUUCUAUUCCUCCGACGUCGUUACUCUCUCAUCACAGUCCCUAACGUAGCAGAAGCACGACAAAUCCUCUCCCAACCAUGUGACCUUCACUGGAAAAUGUGUGAAUAUGCCGCUCGUCCUUGGUUUUGCUUGGUUUUGGGGCCACGCCUAGAUUUCUUCGCGCAGACUGUCGAACUGUUGCAGCAAACAUCUUGUUUCCAACAACAAGCCUGGUCGACGGAUGCCUUCCAUGAUCUAUGGCAAACGAUUCAAGAGAUCUCAGGUACCCAUGCAAACCAGAUCACACUACUGCGCUGCUAUCAAGACCAACGGUGGCGACGAACAAUUCCAGCACAUCUACUCAUCGUCACAGCAGAACUACUGCAUUACUUGGCUACUCGACCUGUGAUGCCCCUAGACAAAUUUUUACAUUGUUUCGAUGUUUGUGUGCAAUACCCUGCAGAGCAAUGGGAUUUCUGGUGCCGAUCUUCAGCAGAACGUCUUGCAGUCCUAGCAACAGCAGCUGCUACCACCGCUUCAGAACCGACAUUCUAUUCCACAGAUGUACAACCAGCCCCAAAUUCCACUGCUCGCUCUCGGCGCCUGGCAGAAUCUGCUCAAAAGUGGCCUUCAGCUAUUCCAGCUUCCAUACUCCUGGCGCAUGCAAAGGAAUACCAUGAGCAGUUUCAUCAGUGUUUACAACCACCCCGCCUCUGCGGCAUCUGCGCGUGCCCAAUCUGGGACAUGACCUUCGAACUGCUGGACUUCCGCGCCCCACCAUGCGACCUUGCUCAGCUGCAUCCCCUACUUUCUGGAACUCUUUUCCUCAAAGAAUUUGCCAACUAUGCCACUCUCGAUGUACCACCAGCUUUCCGUGGCCUAACACUCCAACGACUACAAGAAUUCUUCGUACCUGACGUUUGGCUCCUGCACCUUGCACCAGAUGCUCAAGAAACAUGGAAAAUCGCAACAUUCGAUCCAACUGCCUCAUUGCAGUGCCUGGCAUGUGUCCCGUGUGCUCGGUCUUUCCGCAAAGCGUCGCCCACCUUGCCUCCAUCUGCAUUGGCCAACAACAAUCUCUGUCUACCAGCACCAGAGGAACUCCAGUCAUUGUCCUUUGGGGAACAACUUUUCAUUGCACGAGGGUUUGCUGUCCGUCGGCUCCGCACAUUGACUCCUUCUGGUGACCCAGAAGCACGCCAACAAGGCAUGCUUGGCACUACCAGUGCCAUCGCAUUCCCGCAGAAUGCCGCUACAAUUUUUUCACAACUUCCAGUCUCUGCAGCGCAGGUCUCUGACUACCUGAGUGUCUUCUUCACAGAUGCAUUGCAAAGCAACUUGCAUUUCUCCAAGGAGUUCGUCGUGAGACGCAGCGCAGUCCAUCGCGCUCUGCUCUGGCUCACGCAACACAACCCUUACUAUGCUGACAUCACCAUUGACAUGUCAUCCUUGCAAGACCUUCCUGCUAACGGUGUGCCACCAGCCUGGGCUGCUCUUGCUCAAGUCAGCCAAGAAUCUUUGACCAGGGAAUUUGGUCCAGUUGACGCAUCUACUGCUGGUGGAACAGAUUCCGCAAUUCAUGCUGCUGUUCUUGACCCUGGCGUCGACCACACAGACCCUUUGCAACUUUGGAAUACUGCUCUGCUAGCUUGCGAGCGCUACGAGCGUCAUGCCACCUCCAAUGCUGUUUCUGCCACUGCUGAUGUUCACGUAGUACAAUACGCUCUUCGAUCCCUGGCCUCCAGCAGCAACCAUCGCUCUUUCGAACAGGAUCUCAUCCAUCAGACCCGGCCCGCCCAAAGCAAAGAAAAGCUCUAUGUCGUUGUCCCCCAUGCCGACGAACCGCUUAACAGUUACGACCCUUUCUUCUGGACGGCAUGUUUCCCACUGCAAUUCCCAUACGGAGAUGGUAUUGAUGGCCAACCACGUCGAACAUAUCUCUCUGAUCAUGACUGGGGAAAACUUUUGCUCCUACGACGUGAUCGGCCCCUUCAGCUUCAUCCGAGAAAAGAUUUGGAUUUCAUUUCUGUUCUCUUUUCUGUGCUGCAUAGACGCCGUCUCCUUCGCGCAGUUCGCAUACGAGUCCAAGCCCCACAUUUCCGAGAGCAACUCCCUUCCUUUGUCAACCUUCAAGCUACUGACUGGACGCAAGUAGCAAGCACUGUCGGAGAGCAUGGCUCCAUCCCUGAUGCAUUGCGCUCUCAUGACAUUCCAAAUGCCAUGAAAGCCAUCCUUCGCUGCUUGCAAGCAGUGCAAGGACCCCAUGUCUUAGUGCAAAACUUUGCUGCGCAACUCCCUCUUCUAGAAGAGCGACUUUGGGCAUGGAUCAACUCCAUCGUCGUCACAUCCUUCGAAGCCAUCCCCCCUAUGUUUGACUUGCCACGCUCAACGUUGGAAAACUUACGGCCCUUGCCAUAUUCCGAUGCACAGAUGAAGCUCAUGCAUCCACACUACCGGCCACACCUCGUCGCUGCCAGCGAUCAUUGGUUUGCGGCUGACCCCAACAAUUUCCUGUAUGCCCAUGAUUUCAUCGACUGCCCAUUCGCUCUCGACAUGCCUGUGCAAAAGCCUUUUGUUCCUUGGUGCUUGGACUACCUUGCAACCACAAUCGCCCCACUGCACACAGACACUGCAUCCAUGCUCCUCUACGAUCUACGUGCUUCUGUGCUUUACAGCGGUCUUCUUCACUGCUGCCAACCAAAGACGUGUUACAAGGGCAAAAUUGGAAAGAGAGGCUAUUGUAGGCUAUCUUUCUGGCAUUGGCUACCUCUUAGCUUUCAUGUCUGGGAACGUUGUCACGGUAUUGAGCUUUGCCCCACGCCUCUGCUUGGAACCAAGCCACCUCACAUCGACGCAUUUCAAACAGAACGGCACCAUCAGUUCUUCGGUCGCAUGAACCCUAUCAUACUGGCUACUUGCAAAUGCAACCAUGACAUCUCCACCCUUCUACGUUUUCCAGCCGACUACCUCCAAUCACCCGAUCCUGCUGCAUUGAUUCGCCGACGGAUGGCUCAGAACAUGUCCACCUUGGUGUUUUAUGUCAGUUGCUACACUACAAAGACACAACCCCACCUGGCUUCCUUGUGGACCUUACUUCAUACCGCAACACACAAACUGCAGCAAGACCUCGGCGCAGCUCAUGCAGGCAUGGACCACAAAGCUCGAGCACGCUCAACCCUGUCCAAAUUGCUGAUGUCCUGCCAACGGCGUAUACACAAGUCAGUCCAAGAAAUGAUUUCUUACCUGUUGGGCUACCCAGAGGCUUAUUCUACACAUUCCUUCCACAAACUCUACUUCUACCAUCUGGCUGCUCGACUCGAGAGCUCCGAACCGUUUGAUGGCUCACACCUCGCUUCCGUCGAAGCCGCAACGCCAUCUUCAGUUCUCAUCUUCCCUGAAGAAAGCAUUCAAGCUUGCUCUGACACCAACAACCACUUCAGACAGCCUCAGUUCUAUACUCCCUCCAGUGAUGAUUAUCCUUUUCGCGGCGACGAUCUACAAGGUUGGCCCCUCUACUUCUACGCAGCUGGUGUCACACGCAUUCCGACAUCCAAAACAACAUUCAAAACUCCCGGAAACAUUCCCUUCCUACCGCAGCAUCCACGCGCAACUUCGCUUCGACAGCAAGUCUUGACAGCAACUGCCUGGAAAAUACCACAUUUGAUGGGACCGCGAAUUCCACCGGUUACAGAAGAUGCCAACAAACGCGGUCUCUUACUUUUGCUUCUGUUCAAGCCUUGGGUUGAUCUCCACCAAUUGCUUCCCAGCUCUGUCGGCUGCGCCAGCUGGUCCGAAGCCUUUGACACUUGGUUUGCUGGUCUCCUUGCUUCACUACCAUCACCUUCUACACGUGCUUCCCCCUUGAGUGCUGAAUAUUGGGCACAACGUACACUGCAUAUCAUCAACCACAUCGACAACAUGGGGCUCUCUGACCCCACAACUGCUGAUCGCGAACUCCGUUGCAAUCCUGAUGAAUUGCACGGCGUCCCCGACACCACAACCGUGGAACAUGGUCCACCUCCUGGGCAACUUGAUUCCGACUCUGACGUCAGCUGCGAUCAAACCUACGACAUAGACUACGACGGCCGAUGCUCCAACACCGUUGGCGCCAUCAACUUGAAACAAGCCGCCUACUUGCUCUUGGUUGGAACUGGCAAAACUUUCAUCACCAACUGCGCCGCCGACCUCUUGCACUUCUUUCUGCCUUCUUCCACCCUGCAGGCUGCUUUCACUCAUCGGGCCGCACGUCUAGUCGCAGGACAAACUCUGCACGCCGCUUUGGCCUUACCUUUUGAUUUCAGCACUGCUUCGGCAUCAGCAAUUUCUUCCCUUGGUUCCCAGAAAGAUGCAUUGAUUCGCCUCUGGCACAAAGUCACAACAUUUUUCAUCGACGAGGUGUCCAUGAUCUCCAACGAAAUCCUAGCAUUCAUCGAUCUGCGCUGUCGCCAAAUAUUCAAUUUACAUACUACUCCAUGGGGAGGUCUUGCUCUGCGAUUAGAUGGUGACUUUCACCAACUUCCUCCAAUCGGUGCUUCCUGCCUGAUCAACCCACCACGUGCCACUCAACCAGACGCAUCAACACCAACCUCAGCCUCUUCGCCCUCCUUGAUGCACGCUGCCGCAGGCGCAGCCCUUUGGCGAUCUAUUUCCGCAGUCCUGAUACUCGAGGAAAGCCAUCGCUGCAGAGGUCCACUGCAACAACUUCUACAGGAUUUACUUUCCGAUCAAGGCAUCUCCCACGAGUCCUGCCAACAUUUACACCAUCGACUCCUUCAAACUGCAGAUGCUCGCAUGUUCCAACCCAAAUUCCACCCCAGCACCUGCACAGUCGGUGUCAUGCGGCAUACAAUCCGUGUUUGCAAGACCAUGCAAAGAGCCCAGCAAGCCGCUCAAUCCGCCGGGCACCGGCUUGUCUUAGCUGUCGCUGCAGAUCGCAGCUCUUUCGGGAACCGCAACGUGACACUGGAUCCGACACUGGCACAGGAGGCAGCCGCAGUACACACUCUAUCUGCAACUGCAAAUCUACCUGGUUUUCUUGCAUUAUAUCCUGGUGUUCAACUUUGCCUUGAGACCAAACUCUGUCCAGAACUCGGCGUCGUUCGUGGCUGCACUGUCAUCGUCGACGACAUCGUAUUGGCAGACACUGAGCCGUCGUUUCCUCGCGACCCGACAUUGCCUCCACAUCCUUUAUUGUAUUUGCCACAAGCAUUGCUCCUGCGCGAUGACUACUGGAUCGCUUGCUUCGUUUUGCUCAGCCGGGUCCAAAACAUAGACGACGUCCUUCUCCUGCGUCUCCCUGACUUUACUGCUCUGAACAAGCCCAGGCCAGAACAUUUACGUUCUGCUUACAACAUGUUCCGCACAAAGGAACAUACGACUCUUCAGCAGCUCGACAAUAUCCUGCGAGGAUACAAUCUGCAGUAUCUACGUGAUACGGUCACUCUCCCGCUGCUAGCUUCCCAUCAACCUGCUCGACCAGCACCAAAGCUUGUGCGUCGAGCCCGACGUUGA